GAACAUUUGAAGGCUGCGCCGAGAGGCGGUCAGCGACGUCAGAAUUGUGCGAGUGCAAGAACAUGUGGCCUCGGCCGGGAUUAUCUACAAGACCGUAGUAAAGGUACAAGCAUAACAACCGCAUCACUGUUCCACCAAAAUCACAAAUCAGUUGAUAUUUGCUCAGUACAUUGUACUAAAGGCCCUCGUACGGCAGCUGACUCUUUCAUCCGCUUUCGUAAGCCUCUACUGUGUCUACGGUAACGGGAUUGUCUGUGGAAAAUGAACUCUCUUUUCAAUUCGGCAUUGAAGCAGUCCUCUGCUAUUCGUCGCGAUCUGGACACAUUCGCGCAGUCUCCUGCCACAUCCUCACCUGCAUUACAAGGCCAGAUCGCAGCUUCACUUGCCUCCUUAUCGCGUACUGUCGAUGACUACUCAGCUCUAUCGAAGAAAGAAUUGAUACCCGAGAAACAACAGAAGGCGUUCGAGAGAGUAAAUAAUUUCCGGUCGGAGCUUGCAGAUUACCGACAGCAUUUUGAUCAGCUACGCAAAGAACGAGAGGAUGCCCAAUCCGUGACAAACCGUAAUGAACUACUUGGCCGACGUCCACAUCACACAGCGACCCCAGAGAACCCAUACGCCCAAUCUUCUCUUCCACAGUCGUCGGCUUUUGCUCCAUCUUCGUCCCGAGGGGGCCUCAGUUUUGGCGCUUCACCCGCAGAUUACAACCGUGAGACCCAUGCGCUUCGCGAGCAAUCUUUCUUGGCCAACACGAGCACACAACUCGAUGACUUCCUUGACCGGGGACGUGCUGUACUUGCGGAUCUGGGACAGCAGCGAGAGGUGCUGAAGGGGACGCAGCGCCGGCUGUAUAGUGUCGCGAAUACUCUGGGAGUCAGCGGUGAAACUAUCCGAAAAGUGGAGCGACGGGCGAAGCAGGACAAGUGGAUUUUCUGGGGUGGCGUUGUGAUAUUCUUUCUCUUCUGCUGGGCUGUAUUGCACUUUUUGAGGUAGUUUAAGAUUUUUUUGUUGGCCGUUGGUAUGGGUUCUCUGGAUGUUGCUUGGGUUUGUUUCGCAAGCGCAGGCGUUCGGAUUGCAUUAUGAUAUCAUUCUAUACUUUUUUCUUUCUUCUAUAUGCCAUUAAGAUCAACUGAAAGGCUACAUGGUCAUGGAUGUAAUCGAGUGAUCGAUUUAAAACCGAGAACAAAAAUCAACACAGGUCGGGUAUUUAUUCAAAAUUAUACGAGGUUUGACGCCG